CACUACCCGAAACUCGUACAAAUGUGUGUGUUGACAAACAUCGUACCGAUCAAAUGUAACGAUUUAUUAGUUCAAAUCUUGCCUGCUCCGUCAGUGUCACUUCAACGUUCACCGGUAGUCGACAUCCAUACCCCCGAGGUAAUAAUACAAGUACUUUUUUUUUAUUAAUUAACCCAUAAAGCAAAUAAAAUUUCAAUUCAGCCAAGAUUACUUUGAACGAUACGCGGAUUUUGGCUCGCAUCGGGUAGCCAGCCGUAUCAGUUCCGUGGCAGUCCAAAAAUCAAAGUCCCUGUCGAGAUUGACCAUUGAAUUGACCAUGAGCGAUAAACCGACCAUCGACGGUUACAAUGGAGAUUGCGAGGCGAAAACCUUCUGUUACUACGCGGCGAAUCCGGAGCGCGUCGGCGAUUACUUUUACGUGAAAUACACACGUAUUAUGAAUAGCUACUCGCAAAUGACAAUGUUCGUGAGCUUCGACGACGGAACGAAAACUUACGAAUUGGAUGACGGACCGUUCGCUCCGAUCCUACAGACCCAAGACGCCUGGUCCGCGCGGGGAUUGAGUUUCGAGGUCACCGAGGCGGACAAAAGGGUUCGAAUACGUUUCAAUGGUCUCUUGAAAAGAGGCAACCGUGCGGCGUACAACGCUGAGACGGUUCGCGUAGACGAGCUCGAGCACGUGCGAUUCGUGAUCCAGUUCACCGCUUGCUCGGAACCUUUUGUGGGCAGUGAAGACGCGUGGGAUCCGCGUAUGUCGAAAGGCCGAAUCGAUCAGUGGGGAUUGAUGUGGGGUAGGAUCACGCCCGAAAGUUUACCGGACAGGACGUUCGAACUCAGAGGAAUGCGUCAACUGGUCCUUGGCCCCGAAAUAAUCGAUCCAAAACAAGGGAAACUGACUUUGAGGGUCGCCGAAGAGUCUCAUAGUAGUUUUUGCCGUUACGUCGUGCCAGAGAAGCUGCCAGCAAGUAUCUUAGGAUAUAUACACAGGAACGAAAGAGAUGCAAAAGACUUCUAUGGUUUUGUAAUACCAUUAAAAUCUGAAAGACUCAGACGCGGUAUUAAAAUUUCCCAAAUUGAUGUAUUGGAAGUCAAGUUGCUUACAACCACGAAGAGAAGCACAUUCGGAUCGUAUCCCAAGUAUUAUCGUACGACGUAUUGGGACUGCGAAAUUCAUCUGAACGACUCAAAGUGCUCGCUGGGAUUGCUCGAAUCAACCACUCUCAACGAUCUAAUAGAACUAAGCAAAUUACCGCCGCCCAUCGUUCCACCGCCAGUCGCGAAGAAGCCCGUACCUGCGGCGGAGAACGAGGAAGAGACAAAGAAGAGCCUGGCGCUGGUGCUGGACCUCGCGAAUCCGUUCACCAGAGACGCGAGCUUGUGCGGACUGAAAGUCGCCGCGCUCGGCGAUCUGCGGGACAAGGUGGCGUUGUGGACGAGCGCGCCGGCCCAGAAAACGAUCGGCCCGCACACCGCGCCCUCCUUCGCCACGCUCGAGUUCGAGGUGCCCUCGGGCUUCUGCGUGACGACCCUCGCCUUCGAGGCCUUUCUGGAGCACAAUCGGGCCCUUGCGGCCGCCAUCGACGAUUUGAUCAAGUGCUACAAGACUCGGGCGCCGCCGCGCGUCGGCCAGGAGCCGAUAGAUUGGCAGAGAAAGAAUGUGGCGCCCGACAUAGCCGCGUGUUUGGCAAAAAUCGACGAGCGCUUCAAGAAGUCCAGAUUGCCGCCGGACGUGGAACGCAUGAUAGGCGAGAAAUUGGACGAAGCGUCGCGCGAUCCAAUGUUCAAUCGAUUGUGGGCCGUGCGAUCCAGCCCGUACUUCGCGGACCCGGAGGAGACGCUGGCGCAGGGCAAGUACGACUCGUACAUCGGCUUUCCUAAAGUGGUCUCGGGCGUGAUCAAGAUCUGGGCCUCGGCGUUCAAGCGCGAGAGCGUCGAGCAUCGGCAUCGCAGCGGCCUGCCCCUCAAGAGUCCCGUGGCGGUGCUGGUCCAGCGCAUGGUCGAGAGCCACGCCGCGGGCCUGGUGCACACCAGGCACCCCCUCACAGGCGACCCGCGCGAGAUCCACGUCCUGGCCAGCUACGGCGUGGGCGUCGGGGUGAGCGAGGGCCACGUCGAGGGCGACCGAUUCGUCGUGCGUCGCUCCAACGACGAUCGCGGCGAGUUGAAGAUAAUCAGCGCCUGGAUCGGCGACAAGGACAUGAGAGUCGAUCACUGCGGCAAGCAGCACUGCGUCGAGCAGGAGCAACGCGAAAAGUUGUCGAUUACCGAGCCGGUCGCGUUGAGACUAGCCGCGAUCGGCCGGGAGAUCGACAAGGUGUACGACUCGGCGCGCGACCUCGAGUGGGCCUGGACCGGAUUGCCGGGCGACAAGUUUUACGUGCUGCAGUGCCGUCCGGCGGCGCGCGACAGCGCCUGGACGGAUUACGAGCUCACCCACGAGCUCGGCUCGGGCUUCACCGGCCAAGCCGACACGCUGACCUUCGCGCAGGCCGACGAGCUGUUCCCGCGGGUCGUGACGCCGCUCACCUGCACCACCAUCCUCGACAAUCUCGAUCCCUCGACUUUUGCCCUCGACGACGACGACGACGAAGAUGACGAUGAAGACGACGACGACGAAAAACCCGACAGGCAGAGUCCGAUAUUCAUCGCCAACAUGAGAGUCGCUUUCAAUUAUCAUCAUCUCGCGAUGCGCAACUGCGAGAAAACGAGACACGAAGACAUGGUUCUCAGAGAUUUCGGCCUGUUCGGGCGUCCGAUCUACGAUCGGGAAAUACACGAGGCUUGGAGAAAGCGGAAUGACGUCGGCGACGAUCAUCGCCUCGGCUUCGUCGAUCGCGUCCACGAUCGCUUCAGCAGAUUCGAUCGCUCCAUCCGUCGCAUGAAAUUUAAAAAGCUCGUGCUCGGCAAGAAAGAGUACGCGAAACGGAAAGUCGAUAAGAGAUGCAAAAGAAAGGUCCUGGAGAUGAAAAGUGUAGUAGAUGAACACAAUUCGGGCCAGUCGGGCCUGAAAGGCGCCAAAAUGACGGUCGAACUGGAAAAGCAUUUGGUCGUGCUUAGGUUAGCCUCGCGGCGUUACGGCUACAUCUCGCGGGCCUGCGUCUCGCGACAAUUGGAAAUUAUGUCGCUUCUGAGGGGCGACGCGGCGGAGUUCACGGCCCAGAACUUCGCGGACAUGUCGCACCUGCUGACCAACAAGUACAGCAUCAGUCAAAAGGUGCCCAGGCUCGUGCUCGAAAUGAACGCGGAAAUCCGCAACGGAUAUCUUUUCAUGGAUCACCAACGCAAGAUAAGCCGACCAAAAUUAGAGGACGCGGAUGUUUCGGAAAUUGACCAGUGGUUACGAAAAUACGGGGGCGACUACGCGUUCUCGGAAAUGGGGCAUUUUACCGACCAUUACGAAAAUCUUGGCCCUAACGAGUUUGAAUUGGAAUCGGAGCCUCAUGUAACGAAGCCGGAACGAAUUUACAAGUUGCUUCAGUACCUACAUCCGUGGCUCAAAAAUCCCAAAGGCGAAUUAAUGGAGAUCCGAAAAUCGAUAAUAGAAUCGAUACCGCCUACCCAACUUUACGUGGAAUAUAAGAACCGCCAUGAAGUUAUAGGGGCAUUCGACCAGUCAGACGUGCAGGAGCUGGUCAAGAAAAUCGCGUCGCCGAUAAGUCGCAAGACUCGCAAACGUAUCGCCAGGCUGCUGCCGGCGGCUCGGCACAGCCUCGUGAUGCGUGAGUGGGCGAGGUGCCUGCUCAGCAAAGCCGUGAACAAAGUCCGAGGCCUGUACGCGCAGAAAGCCAUCGAGCUCGUGAACGAGGGCAAAUUGCCCGACGAGAAACUCAUCUACUACCUGACGCGAUGGGAGGUGGCGCAACUGGUGGACGCGCCCUGCUCGCCCGGACUGAUCAAGAAGGCCCUGCGCAGACGCGAACUCUGGCCCCGGCUGGACGAGGCGAGGUAUCGGCCGGUGAAUCGCGGCGUGCCUCGGGUCAUCGGGACCAACGACGACGACGACCAGCUCGGUGACGAGGUGUACGCGGCCGACUACGCGACUCGGGGAGUGCCCGUGUGCGCCGGCGUCGUGUGCAAUCGAGUCUUCGUCGCCGAGAGAUUCGACGACGAGCUGCAGGGACGCUUGCAGCCCUGGGACAUACUCGUCGUGCCGUACAUCGACGCCGGCUGGAGUCAGUACUUCCCCAUGAUCGGAGGAAUUAUCACGGAGCGGGGCAGCCUCUUCAGUCACGGCGCCGCGACGGCGCGAGAUUACGGUGUGCCCUGCAUCAUGGGCGUUCCCAAUGCGACGAGAAUCUUCAAAACGGGCGAUGGGGUGCACAUGGAUGGAUCUACCGGUGAAAUUAAAAGAGAGGAUAAUAAAUCGGCCUAUUUCGUUGAUAACGAUAGCUCAGUGCCAAGAGCCUCAUACUACCUUUAACAAUUUUACAAUUGUGACCUAAUUUAAUUUCUGUUAAGUAUAAUUCGACGCCCGAGACGAAAAACUAGCCAAAGUGCGCUGUGCAAAAGCUGCGAUAUUAAAUAUUAUCUGUAAAAUAUAAAAUAGGUUGUUUUAGAAUGAGCUUAUCGAAGAGCAGGAAAUUUCACAUUUUGCGACGCACAACGAGAUGCUUUUGUAUAUUCACGUGCGACAAACAGUUGGGAUAUCCCGGAUUUAAUUUCUGAAAAUGUUACUUACUAAUUCGAGACGGAAUUGUAAAUACUUCUCGAUGCAGUUGAUCCGAUGGAUGUCCUUUCACUCUUCGUCAAACUGAAAUACGGUGCCCAGCAUCCGAAUUGUCGUUGCAAAGAAUUGAAACAACGUACACUCUUCGCUGGAAGCGAGUUCAUGUGCACAUGAAACAAUCUACUUUUCAUAGUUGAACUAAAUAAUAUCCUAGGCUUUCGAUUUGGAGUUUGACUGCAAAUCGUACUUUUCUCGUCUCGUGCGUCAAAUUAAUUUGUAAAUAAAUAUUUGUACAUUUUUGAAUGUAUUCUAAAGCUUCAGUUAAAUAUUGAUAAUAGAUGCUGAAGCUGCGAAUAAAAAUUAGACGUAAAUAAUCUUAUAU